GUCCCAAAAUUAUUCCAAGCAUCAGUACAACCAAUGAGAAAUUCCAGGCUUUGUCUUUCAUUUUAAUUGCUUGAUGAUUUCAGACAGAUCAUGAUUAUAAAUCGACAGAGAACAAGAGAACAAGAAUGACUUGCUCAUCAUAAAGAACUCCAAUGAUUUCAGGACAGCUGAUAAUCUGCAGUUCCCUCUGUGUCCAGCAGGAGUCAGUGUGAAGGUGAACGUUGUUUGUGAUCCUCCAAGUUAGUGAGAGAAGAAGAAGUCGUGGCGGAUGUGUUGCUUUGUUUCUUUCAUCUCCUGCAGCAACAAUGAGUUCAGUUCAGGCUUUGAGAGAGUUUAUCAACCAGCGACUAACUGCUGCUGCUUGAGAAAUAUUCACCGUGUUUCAACAAACUAUCGUCCAAUUGGAGGAGGAGAUUUAUCGACAGAGAAGACGUCUGGAAAUCAAGUGGAAAUCUCAAGUCAGGUUCCAGAGAACAGAGAGUCAUACUGCAUACUGCACAUCCGUGCAUUUCAUGUCAGCGCCCUGUGAAACCACGCCAUUAAGCAUUAUGCUGAGGAGCCUGCAACAUAUGGCAACACCGCACCUGUCAGACCGGAGUCACCCGUGAUACAUACAGGAGUGCAGUAAGUCAAGAGCAAGACACAGACUGGCACUGCUACCGGUGCAGUCCUGAAAGGGGUGCUUAUCAACCUGCAGCUGAGAGCACCAGAAUGACCAGCAACGCCAGCAGCACAUGUGAUCUUGUGGCUCCACACUCGCCUGUGCAGCAAGUGCUACCCGGAAUGCACUCUCCAUCUUUAACUGAUGGCGGCCAUGGGAAUGCAACUGACCACAGUGAAGAGAUUGUGGAAGAAGGCAGCAAUGUGGAACCAAUGCAAAGCUUUCAAGUCUCAGCCAUUAUUGAGGAGUCAUCCAUCAGGGAUCCUGAGGUCCCAGCAGUACUGGAGGACAGAGAAGAAGUGGAAGAAGUGGAGUACUGCAUAAUAGACAGCUCCAGUCAAAGGGGAAAAAGAAAACUGGUGGACAACCGUGGCUACCAGUACACCGUCAAGCGUGCUCGGGGCACAGCGACUGACUGGCGUUGCUGCGUCAGGAACAAGACUGUGGUAUGUAGAGCCACUGUAGUGCAACGGGGAGACACUUUUGCUGAAGGCCCACAUGCACACGUGCAUGGAGCUGUGCCUGGACUCAAGACUGCAGCACAAGUGAGAGCUAAUGUGAGGCAGAAGGCUGUGCAGGAUAUAUUCAGGCCAGCCGGUGCUGUAGUGAAGGAAGUUCUGUUGGAAGAACUGAAUAAUGGCCCGUGCCCUACCAUGCUAACGCCAGUCAACUUGGCACGCAUGGCUAACAGGCAGAGGCAGAGGCAGAAGAUGCGCCCUCUGAAACCCGAGGACCUGUCUUUCGAGAUUGACUAUGGGCAUGUUCCAGAGGGUUUCUUGAGGGAGGACGUCACAGUGGCAGGAAGGAGAGAACUAAUCCUUGCCACUGAUGCUGUGCUGGAAGAACUGAAUGAUGGCCCGUGCCCUACCCUGCCGAAGCCAGUCAACUUUGCACGCAUGGCUAACGGGCAGAUGCAGAAAAUGCGCCCUCCGGAACCCAAGGACCUGACUUUAAAGAUUGAAUAUGGGCAUGUUCCAGAGGGUUUCUUGAGGGAGGACGUCACAGUGGCAGGAAGGAGAGAACUAAUCCUUGCCACUGAUGCUGUGCUGGAAGAACUGAAUGAUGGCCGGUGUCCUACCCUGCCGAAGCCAGUCAACUUGGCAGGCAUGGCUAACGGGCAGAUGCAGAAAAUGUGCCCUCCGGAACCCAAGGACCUGACUUUCGAGAUUGACUAUGGGCAUGUUCCAGAGGGUUUCAUGAGGGAGGACGUCACAGUGGAAGGAAGGAGACAUCUAAUCCUUGCCACUGAUGCUAUGCUGGAGCUUCUUGUUGCAGCUAAGAGGUGGUAUGUGGACACGACUUUCAAGGUGGUGAAAGCUCCGUUCACACAACUGUGGAGCAUUCAUGCUUUUGCAAAGCAGGAUGGUGACACGAACCAAGUGCCAUUGGUGUUCUGCCUUAUGUCAGGUAAACACAAAAAAGACUACUGUGCUGUGUUGUGUGCUGUGCUGAACUGCCUACCAGGACAACCUGCAGUCCAAGAGAUGGUCCUGGACUUUGAGAUGUCCGUGUGGAGAGCGAUGGCCAUUGUGCUUCCCACAGUAAAGCUGAUGGGCUGCACUUUCCACUGGACCCAGUCCAUAUGGCGCAAGGUGCAGGAGCUUGGCCUGCAGCAACAAUAUCUGCUGAGUGAAUCUGUCUACACGUUUUGUCGCCGACUGAUGGCCCUUCCCUUCCUGCCACAGGAACACAUCCCAGCCGCAUUUGCCAAGCUGGAGGAAAAAGCCAGAAGAAAUGUUGCCCUUGUGGAACUUACGGCCUAUGUAAGUGACACCUGGAUUAAUAAUGACGUCUGGGCACCAUCCGCAUGGAGCGUGUUUAUGCAGAGCAUUCGAACCAACGACGACGUUGAAGGAUGGCACCAUCGCCUGAAUUUCCGAGCUCGGAGAGGCCAAGUCCCAUUUUACCUCCUAGUGACCCUUCUCCACCAGGAGGCACGCUUGGUGGCCAAUGAAGUUCGGCUGGUGUCAGAAAGAAAACUAAAGCGACACCAAAUGAAGAAGUGCCGUCAGGUGCAGGCGCUUGUCUUCCCUAUGUGGGAAGAUUACCUGGCUGGAAACAUCUCGCCGACACAACUUCUCAGGGCCUGUGCACACAUCUACAGCCCAACUGUAUAAGUGGUUGUGAGGAUCCGUGGGCUGAAAUGUAAACAGAGGGAAAUUUAAAUGAACAGAAAGUGGACAUGAUGCUGUCAAAACUAUGGGUACCAUGUCAAGUCUUGAACAAUAACUUUGAAGUCUUGAACAGUAACUUUGUUACAUGUGUUUGGGUGAAAU